UCCCUUCCAAACGGGGGUGCCGCAACAGAACGGUUGCGCUGACUGCGGUUGAAUCACACAGCUUCGGAUUGAUCGCAAUUCUUCAUUAUCUGCACUGCCAUGCCCUGAGUUACUGGCCCCUUAACGCCUGGUCGGUCCCUACUGCAUUUUUGAUGCCUUCAAACCUCGACUGAGCCCGGACGCUCAUUGUACCACCACCUCGACGCCGCCUGGCCGCGACGCCAAUUCUUAUAAGAUGGAUAAUCUAAACAUGACCACCGGUUACCCGUACAGCAAUCCCCUUUGGUCUACUGCUGGUGCCGACAUCACCUUGACAGCGCCUGCUACCGACGGUAUAGACAACUGGAACGAAUUCAUGCAAUGGGGCGAACCCUCCCAAAACACUGAUAUAAAGCCGCCCAACAACGACCAGGGGCCGCUCCUUACCCAAGACCCAAAAUCGUCGCUUAUCGAACGACGCCAGAGCUCGAAUAUGCCCGGCACGUCGCUCAGCCUGCAACCCGAAGCCGUUGCUCUCUCCGCACCUUUCCAGCCCCAGAUCAACCCCACUCCCUACACCUUCGGUGGCGACAUCCAAAACCCACCCGCAUUUGACUUUAACCAUAACACUAUCAGCCCCCCUUCCAGCGGUGGCGGACAGCAACAGGGUGGAGUGUUCCCUUCGCCCAUAUGGCCGCAGCAAGAUAAACAACAAAAUACCGUUCUCUCCACAUCCGAAUUCGCACCAACACAUGUGGUCCCAGUUCAACUCCCCCCGGCCUCGACUCCGAGCUUACAGCACAGCCCAACCUCUCAGGCGAACGCGCGGACCAGCUCGUCGUCAACUUCACCGUCCGCGGCGACAUCGCCCGAAUCUAUACCAUCGAACCCUAAAAAGCGAAAAUCGACUUCAGAGGAGAGUGAGGUUCCGGCGGCGAAGAAGGAAAGCAAGCAGCCUCCAAAGAAGACGGCACAUAAUAUGAUCGAGAAGAGAUAUCGGACGAAUCUGAAUGACAAGAUAGCUGCCCUGAGAGAUAGUGUGCCAAGUCUUCGGGUAAUGUCGAGACAAAAUGGAGGCAAUGAGGAGGAUGACGAUCCGGAGGAUCUGGAGGGCCUUACCCCAGCGCACAAACUCAACAAGGCGACAGUCCUGUCGAAGGCCACAGAGUAUAUCCGUCAUCUGGAAAAGCGAAAUAAACGCCUGAUGGAGGAGAUCAACACGUUAAAGAGUCGGCUGGAUAGCUAUGAGAGGAUGGCGACCACAGGGUUUCUGCCUCUGGGCGGGGCGGGUCCAACGGCUGACGGUAGGUAUCACGAGGAUUCGUUUGCCAGCCAUGUCCCGCCCAUGAUGCAGCAGCCAGUUACUGCUCCUCCCCAGGGUCUCAUCCCAGUACCGCAUGAUAUGGCAUCUCUGCACAGAGGACAUCCUGCACAAGCCCACUACGCACCGCAGCAUGGAUCUUAUGCGCAGUACACUGGAGUCAACCGUCCUGGAGCACCUGGCCCUCCUGUGGUAAAUGGACAACGUGGCAGCUCGAUGAUCUCAAAAUUGAUGGUUGGGUCUCUCGCGACUCUGAUGCUCGUGGAAGGUUUCUCAGAGCCCGAGCAGUCAGGGGAUGAGCCGGCCGGUCGUGGACUGUUCUCCCUGCCGAUUCAUUUGGCCGGUAUUCUGGCACCUCGGAUAUCCAUUGGAGGUGCAUCAGCUCAGAUUCCGUUGGCCAAGGUCCUGCUGUUGUUCGGUGCUCUGUUCUACUUCCUCGCGCCGCUAUUCGAACCCAAACCCAAGUCCAAGAAGAAGGCUGUUCCGGAAGUCCAGUUGGCGCGCGCACCCUCACUUGCCUCUUCAGUUGAGGUUCGCCGGUCAGCUUGGCUCACUGCAAUCCAGACUGUUUGGGUGCCCAAACACAAUUUUUGGUUGGAGGUUGCAGCGCUAAGUUUGAAGACUUUGAAGUUGAGUUUGCGGACGAUCAUAGGAUGGCCAGGAUACGCAUUCCUCAUGGGCACGACCAAGGAUCAGGAGGCUGCAAGGGUCAAAGCAUGGAACAUCGCACUUGAUGCUCAACUCACGGGAGGCGACGAGGAAAUCAGCAAAAGCAGAUUGGUCCUCACACUCAUGGCCUCUGGAACGCUACCAAAUACACCUGCCCGACUGAUGCUCAAGGCACUUCAUAUCCGGCUGCUCCUCUGGGAACUGACAAAUACCUGCAACGGUGGUUGGCGAUUCCUCGAUGAUCUCAGUGCAAAGGUGGCCCGGAGUUACUGGAAUGCCGCACGAAGUGAGCAGAGAAUAGCUGCCAAUAUGGCUUCGAAACCGGACAGCGAGGCUGAACCUUUGCCGGAUCAUUUGGCUGCACUUCUAGAGAUUGAGUGUGAUGCCGUGCUGAUGCCCCACAUUAUCCAGCGCGCAUACAAUCUCGCCUGGAAUCGACCCAGCGCGGAGAAGACUACGGCGGAUGAAUCUAUGGAUACCGUCGUGGAAGAUUUCGCUAUCUGCACCCCCUUGGAUGCCCUUGCGGCUUGGUGGUCCUGCCACGUCCUGAGACGAGCUCUUGCUGCCUUCUUGGCGUCGAAGAACGGUGCAGCAAACGCUGCGGUCAAACGCAAUUUGAAUCUUGCCUCCCAGACAGCACCACCGACGUCACAGGCUCACUUGAGAGCAUUGGUAGCACAGUCUGUGUUGGAAGAGGAGGACCGGUCAACACGAGUCGCAACUGCUUUCGGAGCCCUGCCCUCCUCGUUGUCAUCGCCACACUCGAGGAAGCCCAGCAAGCCCGCCCCACCCGUGCCUCUGAAUGUCGUCGCCGAGACUCCAGUGGCGACGGACGUCCAGAACGCGCUUACGCUUACGAAAUGCCUUUCACUCGUCGAGUCUGGCAAUCCUGAUGCUCGCCGCCGGGCAGUUCUCGUCAUCAAUAAUAUCCUCCUUCCCGAAUCCUCCAUGUCUCUUCUCAGCUUUGUUGCAGGUUACAGGCUAUUGAAACAUUGCAUGCAGGACUCAGAACUUCGGAAGGACGCGGCCUUUGGUCUGGAGCGGUUGCUCAGCUCGCUGCGGAUCUGGAUUGGCCGUGAGCCUGCUAGGCGCAGUGGUCUCUCUAACAAGGUUCGCAGGCGGAUCGUCAGCCAGUGUUUAAAUGCCAGCAAGACCUUGGUGGGCUUGACCAUGCCGGAGCAGGUCGAUGAUGGCUAUGUCAGUGCGUGUUAAGCGUGACUGAAGUGGUUAUGAGCCAGUGUUUUCCUGCAUUGAGCGGUUGUAUUCUAUGAUUCAUGUGCGGAGCGGUACUUAUUGGUAUAUACCAUGGGAUGUUGGUCUGAAGCGGUACCCGGUUGGAGUUCUGGUAUUUGGGAUAUCAGCGUAUAUGCUCUGUCUUCAUCGGCUGUCGCCGUCCAUUUCCUUCUUCUGCU